AUGGAAUGGUCUGAUAAGAAGAUUGGAUUGCAUUCAGUUUGGGGUAGUCCAUUGUACAUUUUAGUUUAUCCGCAAGGUUGUGAUGUUUGCAAUCAUCUCUCAUUGUUUCUCUGUGUUGCUAAUCAUGACAAACUUCUUCCAGGUUGGAGUCAUUUUGCACAGUUUACAAUAGCUGUUGUGAAUAAAGAUCCAAAGAAAUCAAAAUAUUCAGGUACUUUACAUCGAUUUGGAAGAAAGAGAUGGCUGGGGUGGAAAAAGUUUUUGGAGCUCUCAAAACUUUCUGAUGGAUUUAUAGAAUCUGACACACUAAUCAUAAAAGCUCAAGUUCAAGUGAUUAGGGAGAAAGUAGACCGCCCUUUUCGUUGCCUUGAUCGUCAAUAUAGGAGAGAACUUGUUAGAGUAUAUUUGACAAAUGUAGAGCAAAUUUGUUGCCGUUUUUUGGAUGACAGACGAAACAAACUGGGGAGCUUGAUAGAAGACAAAGCUACGUGGUCAAGCUUCCGUGCUUUCUGUUUGGGGUUAAGCCGAAAUGCCAGACGCCAAAUGUCCAGGGAGAAGCCAGAUGUGAUUUUGAAAGUAGUUGUGAAGCACUUCUUUAUAGAGAAGGAAGUGAUAUCUACUUUGGUAAUGGAUUCACUAUAUAGUGGGUUGAAGGCUCUCGAAGUCCAGAAAGGCAACAAAGCAAAGUCAAAAUUAUUGGAUGGUGAAGUAAAGCCAGCUCCAAUUGUUCGUGUUGAAAAAGAUAUGUUUGUACUAGUGGGUGAUGUGCUAGUUCUUCUAGAAAGGGCUGCUGCUUUAGAACCAUUACAGCUGAAAGAUGAGAAAGGUCCUCAAAACCAAUCAAAGGAUGGGAAUUCUGGGGAGGAGUUCAACAAAGAUUCAAUUGAGCAUGGUGAAAGGUGUCUUACAGAAUUGCGUCGCAGGACAGUUGAAAUAUUUGUUCUCUCUCAUAUUUUCCGCAACAAAAUAGAAGUUGCCUACCAGGAAGCUGUUGCUUUGAAGAGGCAAGAAGAGCUCAUCCAGGGCGUCAACUGA